GCCGGGCCGGGCCGGGCCGCCCGGGGCCGCCGCGGGCGCGGCCAUGUGGGCGCUGCGGGCGCUGUGCCUGGCCGGGCUGGGGGCGGCCAUCGGCGGCGGCGCGGCGGACCAGUGCAGCUGGAGGGGCAGCGGGCUGUCACAGGAGGCCGGCAGCGUGGAGCAGCUGUCCCUGCACUGCGCCGAGGGCUCGCUGGAGUGGCUGUACCCCACGGGGGCCCUUCGCCUCCGCCUGGCCCCCCGCCUGCCCCCCACCAGCGCCGCCAUCAAGGGCGGGAGCCCCCCGCACGUCACCGCCUGCAUCAAACCCGCCGGGACCUUCCGGGGGGCUCAGCUCUACCUGGAGAGGGAGGGGGGCCUGGAGCUGCUGCUGCCAGAAGCCCCCCGGCCCCGCGCCCGCUGCUUCAGCUGGCUGCCCCAGGAGAAGGUGGCUCUGUUCCUGCAGGCCACCCCGCAGCCCGACAUCAGCCGCCGCAUCGCCGCCUUCCGCUACGAGCUGCGGGGGGACUGGCUGGCCCGCCCCGCGCUGCCCGCCGCCAGCCUCGGCGCUGAAGGUGCGUGCCGGCCGUGCAAUGACACCGAGAUCCUGAUGGCCAUUUGCACUAGUGACUUUGUGAUCCGCGGCAGCAUCCGGAGCGUCUCCAACGACGCAGAGCUGCAGGAAUCCAUCAUCGGGGUGAGCGCCACCCGCAUCCACCGCCAGAAAUUCCCGCUCUUCCAGGCAGGUGGGCGGGCAGGGCGGCCUGUGGGCAGCAUCCGCACCCCGCUGCGCUGCGGGGUCAAGCCGGGCCCCGGCACCUUCCUGUUCACGGGGUGGCUGCACUUCGGGGAGGCCUGGCUGAGCUGCGCGCCGCGCUACCGGGACUUCCAGCGCAUCUACGAGGGGGCGCGGCGCGCACGCCAGAACCCCUGCGAGUUCCCUGUGGACUGAGCGGAUCCGGGAGCGCAGCACGGCCCCGCGGGUGCCGGGGCACCACGGUCCUGCCGUCACUGAGAGCCUGCCCGGGGGACACGGGAGCGGGGCCCAGAGGGAGCGUGGCGCACGGGGCUUUGCCGCGUAGCCGGGCUGUGGCAGCACCCGCCGGCGGGCUGGGGGGUUCUGGGAAGAUCCUGCUGGAAAGGAAGGGAUUUUCCCAGGGCGUGCUUGUCCAGGGUGCCCAGGGAGCUGCCUGGGCGAGGGGUGCAGCAGUGCGGGGUUGGGGCUCCCAGGGGACUGGGGUGCUGCAUGCUCAGGGGAUGCUGGGGCACAGUGGGUCUGGCACCAGGGGGGCAGCCAGACCCCCAGACCCCGGCAGGGCUCGGGGGCAGGUGGCCGUGGUGGCCGGUCCAGGGACACGGUAGGCACAGAAGGGAGUGGAAGGACCAGGAGAUGGAUCUGUAAGGUUGGGGGUGGAAGGGAGAGCAGGCAGCAGUGAGCCUGGCCCUGGCAGGGGCAGGAGCUGCAGGGUGGAUGCUGAGGAAGAGGAGGGAGGCUGAAGGGAGC